GAUCGGUCGCACACGGUGUGUCUCUCACUCGCAAGUGUGGGAUAUGGCAGACGAACACGAGAGAUACGUAAAGGCUAGGGAUCGCUUAGAACAAAAACUGAAGCUGCACAGGAGACGGAAUCCGCGUAGUUCGGCUGUUGUCCGCAGUUUCAUUCGGAUACAGUCGGUUCAGCCACCAAACAAAAGCAAGGUGUCCGGCGAUGGUUCGGACAAAACUCGACCCUCUGCAACGUGGGGUUCCAAGCCGUAUACCUCUCAGUCGUUUCGUCGACAUCUUAGUGAUCUCUUGCUGAAGCAGUCUAACCAGUGGCCGCAUCCAGAUGUCUCUUCAAGUUCUACAAUGGGAAGUGGGCGAGAGGGUGGUGAUCAAUCCUACCAGAGAGUUGGUCAGAAAUCCACGGAAACGAAACAAUGGAGGCAAAACCGUGAGCAGCAGAAUGGGUCGUCGUACACAGAAGUGCAGUUUACUGAAACUGAGACACAAGAAGAGGUGGCUGGUCUUGAAACCAAAUUAGCUAGAAGCCAUCACUAUAGUGGUAACAGGUAUGGAGACUUUAAUGGGGAUAUGGGUGAGAAAUCUAUGCUGGACAUUGAGGCAUCUGUAACAACUUUAGCAGUUGCAAAGAAAGGCACUAGGCACAUCUCUCGCAAUACUGAAGAUGAAGAAGUGUCAAUAGAGAUAGUAGCAGAUUCUGAGCUUGUUGCUUCUGACAGAUUUGGAGUGUCAGAGGCAUCAAGAGCUCAGUCUUUUGUCGAUGCUAGUCAAGAUCAAGUAGCAUCCAUAGAACUGAAAAGCUCAUCAUUUAAUGAUCGCUGCCGUAGCUUUGCAGCUGCUCACCCUCUUGAUUUUAGCUUAGUCAAAAUCCAAAGUAGUAGUGGUGAGAAUGGCUGCAUUGCUGAACAACAUGAACAUUCAACCAUGUCUGUAAGCAUGGUUAGAGGCUCUAAUCAUUUCUCUAACUCUCAUCCUGCCAGCGGAAAUAACAGUCCUUCGGUGGAGCAGUAUGUUGAUCGGUUGGAACGAAUUGGCAAAGAACUAUCUCAGCUGUAUGGAGAAGAAUUGCAGCAAGCUUUGUCAAAAUUGAGUGUAUUUGACUUGACAUACUCGGCAUUCAAAGGUGUUUCCACAGGACUGGUUGGAGCUGGUUUGAUCACCAAAGAUAAGAUAUGGAAAUUGAUUGCAUUUGGGCGGACUGCAGUGGAGUGUGUGCCAGAGGACCUUGUUGCUUUGAAACAACACUUUGAAGACUACACUGCAGCUGUUGUAGAUGAAGUGGCAGAGGAAUGGCUUGAAAAGAAUGGUGGAUGGGGAGCAAUGAUUGAGGAUAUAGAAGAAGUGGACAAAGAAGGUGAAGGAGAGAAAGAUCAGACUGACAUGGAUCGACGUCUUACGGCAAUGGAAUGGGACGAUUUUCUAGAACGUGUUGGCAUUGCGCUGCAAGAACAAUCACCUACUACAAGAGAAUGUACGGUCUCUUCGAAGGAUUUGGAUGGACUCAUGCAACACAUCGAGACCGUGUUGCAUGGAAAAGAAUCCGGUCAUGAACUCGAUGAGUUUAUGGCUCACAUCAAUUGCCAUCUACACGGGCAUGUGAACAGUAACACCGAAAUCGAUUGUAUGCUCCACCAAGUGAGAAGGAAUAUAAACAGACACCAGCGAUCAAAACGACUCUCAGUCUUUCACUCUCAACAGGUUGAGAGAGCCAGCAUUCCACUUGUUGAUAUCGACAACAAACAAGAAGUUUCCAAAGUAGAGGUUGGCUGUCCAGAUGACGAGAUCGAUGCAGGAAGUGAAACCGGCAACUCGAGUGUUCUCGAACCGUCUAGUAAAGUGGCGUUUCUUGCCAAAAAUUGUACAACCGCUAUGCAUAAGUCAUCAUCGGCUCCCGAUCUGCACACAGUCUCCGAAUCCAAACCGAAGAGUGUUGGCAAGUAUAAGCACAAACAACGCAUUGCAAAUUCGUCUCUCUGUGAUGAUGAUAUCGGAGACGUCAGAGUUAUGACUCGACUGACUCGCUUAUCUGUAGCAUUUGGCUUGGGCAUGGCCAUAGGGAUGAUAAUCCUAAAGUAUGGCGUCUAAUCACACAUCACACAUUACUAACUAAUUAAGAGCACAUGCUACACUUUCUGUGCUUAAUUAUUUUUGCUAGUGAGCUAAUUAUUGCUGUUAAUUAUGUUAAUGAAAGCCUAGAGCCUGCAUAGGCUGGCUUAUACUAAGGUUGGACGUUGUAGCUGCGUGACAAUGUCAAUGAACUCGCUGGCUAAGUUUGUAGUUGGAAUCACAAUGAUUGAUAACUGUGCACACA